AUGAAGUAUUUCUCUUCCUUCCUGGCCGUGGCCGGCAUGGCCAACGCAAUCCCAAAGGUCGACCAACGACAAGCAUAUCCACCCGAUCCGUCGACUUGCGCUUGCAGCCCAGCUGGAGGGGGUGGCGCCAACUGUAUCCCUCAUACCACCACGGUCGUCCAGACGAGCUAUGUCACCGUGGCAGCUCAUCCUACUUCACUAGCCGGCCCCUUUCAAGUACCUGGCCGUCCCGGAUCCUACAGCCACUCUCUCGUUACCGUCUCAGCCACCAAUGCUGGUGGCGUUCCUACAACUCUCGAGUCUAGCGCCGUGGUUUCGUCCACGCCAAUCGCAUCACACUUUAAUACGUCUGGCUAUGGCGGUGGCGUGCCCACGCCUGCCGGUAGCGCUGGUACCCAGUCGACCCCAAUUGCACCGCAGUCUGGAUCGCCUGGCUUUCGCGGUGGCAUGCCCACGCCUUCCGAGUCUAGUGCUGCUGUCAUGUCGACCCCAGUUGCACCGCAGUCUGGACCGCCUGUCUAUGGUGGUGGUAUGCCCACGCCCUCCGAGUCUAGCGCUGGUAUCCAGUCAACCCCAAUUGUACCGCAGUCUGGACCCCCUGGCUUCCGUGGUGGCAUGCCCACGCCUUCCGAGUCUAGCGCUGCUGUCAUGUCGACGCUGCCUGCACCGCAGCAACCUAAUUCGCCUGGGCCCAGUCCAUAUGCGCCGCAAUCUAAUGCGCCUGUUUCCAGUCCGUACGCACCGCAACCUAAUACGCCUGGCUCCAGUCUAUCGGUUUAUACCGUUACCGUCCCCAACGGCGCUGGCCAGCCUACUGUCGUUACUUCUAGCACCGAAGUGCCCGUCUCGCCACCGUCCAGCACGCCUUUCUAUCCUGCUUCAGGCACUAAUGCUGGUGGCAUCCCCACACCUCUGGAGUCUAGCCCUGUUAUGCCGGGAACGCCAGCUGCACCGCAACCAAACGCGCCUGGCUCCAGUCUAUCGGUUUACACCGUUACUGUCCCCAACGGCGCUGGUCAACCUACUGUCGUUACUUCUAGCAUCGAAGUGCCCGUCUCGCCACCGUCCAGCACGCCUCUCUAUCCUGCUUCAGGCACUAAUGCUGGUGGCAUCCCCACACCUCUGGAGUCUAGCCCUGUUAUGCCGGGUACGCCAGCUGCACCGCAGCCUAACACGCCUGGCUACAGCCUAUCGGUCACCACCGUUACUAACGCGGCUGGCCAGCCUACCGUCAUUACUUCCAGCAGCGAAGCGCCCGUCGUGCCAGCAUCUGGCACGCCUUUCUAUCCUGUCCCGGGCAACUCAACUGUGAUGUCCGCUGGCUAUGGAACUGGCACUGCAGCUCCACUCCCAAUCUCCUCCACCUCUGCCAGCCCAGAGGUUAGUCCGACCCAGACCGGCAUGCCGCCACCGCCAGGCAAUGCUCCAAGUGGCAGCUCGCCUGUAGUCCCACCAGGUCAGGGACCUCCAAUUCCAGGUACUGGAGCUCCCUAUUCGACCACUCCCGCUGUCGGCACUAGCUCACCACCUUAUCCAACGGGCUCGAGCACUCCAGGCGCGGUGGUGCCUCCCGGUACGGCGCCGCUCGGAACAGGACUUCCAGGCAGCUCGUCAGUUUCGCCUGUUUCUUCCUCGCCAGCUGUCGCGCCUCCGCCGCUUGGCACUGGAGUCGCGCCUAUCCCCGGUUCAAGCAGCCCAACCCUCACUUCAUCAUACUCCUCAUCCACUAUCUACUCAACAGCGAGGUUCACUAUAACAUCGUGCGGCCCAUCGGUGACAAACUGCCCGGCACACAGCACUGCUGUCACGACCAGUACUGUUGCGAUCUCGACCACUCUGUGCCCCGUAGAGGAGGCUACGCAUGUACCCACACCACCAUACCCAGUCCCUGGCUCCUCAGGACCUGUGGUGGGACCGACAGGUACGCAACCGCCCUUCACGUUCGCCCCGACAUCUAGCGUUGGUCCAUCGGGAUCUCCUUUGGGUCCACUGCCACCGAUGGGAACUGCUCCCCCACCGGCCAACCAGCCUAGUUCGAGCUUUCCGCCCGGCGCACCAUUGAGCUCCCCUCUCGGUACUGCUCCGGCUGGCAAUCAGCCUCCUCCAGGCCCAAGGCCACCAUUUGGAACUGCUCCGGUUCAACCACCCGUGAAUUUGCCCCCUUCAAGCACCUCCGGUAUUCCUCUCGGUACCGCACCACCUGUCAACCAGCCGCCUCCAGGAAGUUCCAUUCCUAUCGGCACCGCUCCAAGGCCGCCAGUGUCCGGACCAACAGCCGGACCACCACCUCCUCCAAUGGGUACAGCCCCGGUUCCUCCUCCGGGCGGUACAGGGCCCGGCGGUACUGCAGACUCCCCCAUCGGCGCUGCUCCACCAGGAAACCAGUCGCCUGGAGGUAAUCGACCACAAGCUUAUGGAGGUGGUAAUGGAGUGAACUCACCUUCUGACAAAGGCCCCAUUCCUCCUCCGGGCGGCACAGGGCCCGGCGGUACUGCAGACUCCCCCAUCGGCGCUGCUCCAGCAGGAAAUCAGUCGCCUGGAGGUAACAGACCACAAGCUUAUGGAGGUGGUAAUGGAAUGGAUACACCUUCUGGUAAAGCUCCCACUCCCCAGGGCGGUACUGCAGACUCUCCCAUCGGCGCCGCUCCAGCAGGAAAUCAGUCGCCUGGAGGUAAUUCACCACCAACUUACGGAGGUGGUCACGAAGGCAACUCUCCGGGUGGCAGCCCGGGCGGCAGUGAAUCUAGUCCCGUUCAAGCCUCUCCAGCCGCACCAGCAAGCAACGAAAUUCCUGGCUUUGGGCAACCAGCCAAUCAACUCUCCCCAGCUCAACGCCAAAGCCCCGACAGCCCCGGUUAUGUCCAGCAGCCACCGGCACCAUCCUGCAACUUGGCUCCGGGCAUCGCAGAUGCGCUAGGUCAUGUGACUGCAUCGUUGCCUUCUGACUCCUUGCAUAAGGUCAUUCCUUCUGCCAAUGUGGGCGGCGUUAUCCGCGCGAUCAUGGGUCAAUUGCACGCCCACCUAGGAGCGGAGGCGAACGUUGAUGUUGAUGGAGCUCUCAAGGCAGAUAUCAACAUCAAUGCCAAUGGCGGUAUCGAAGCGGGCGGACUCCCCAGCGUGGCCAUUGCUGCCAACGGCGCAAGAUCCCCUAUCAACUUCGAUCAGGACAUGACGUUGGCCAACAUCCUAGACUGGUGCGCCUACCUCAGUGUCAAUGUCUACGUCAAUGCCGGUGUCGUCGCCGAGGGAUCGGCACAGGGAGCCUCCCAAGGGUCAGGGAACCUUGGCCUUGGUGGAGGAAUGCGCUUCGACGUUGACAUGUCCCUCAGUGGAGGCGCGCAGUUCGGCGCAGGCGGCAAUGGCGGUUCGCAAACAGGCUUUGGCGGCGGCGUACACGGCGGCGGAGGUGCCGGUAUGGGAUUUUUCGGUUCUUCCUCCAAGCGCGCCCGAUCACUCUGGCCAAAGCAAUUGGAAGCAUGA